GAAGCUCGUGUAGGGGAAGCCCGAUACGCUCAUAGCGCGUAAAGAUCAGCUCACAACACGCGUGUUAUAUAAGUGGGUCAAUAUUCAUAUUAAUCUAUCUUUAGUUUAUAUGAUAAAGGAUGAUGAAGAUGAGGAAGAUGAUGGCUGCAGUGUGUUUGUGUGUGACACUUUGUGUCUUCGCGCCUGCUUUGGGAGGUGAACACUCUCUGUUUUACACCUACACGGCUCUGUCUAAACCUCUCGAGCUGCCUGGAAUUUAUGAGUUCACCGCACUGGGCAUGCUCGAUGACCGAGAACUCGACUACUACAGCAGUGAGACUCAAGUUAAGGUUCCUAAACAGGACUGGAUGAAGGAGAAGAUGGAAAAGGAUUACUGGGAUAAAGGAACUCAGUCCCGUAAGAGCAAAGAGCAGUGGUUUAAGGUCAACGUGGACAUCCUGAUGGAGCGAAUGAGACACAAUAAGUCUGACCUUCAUGUUCUUCAGUGGAGACAUGGCUGUGUGGUUAAAACUGAAAACGGAAAUAGUAAAUAUGUGAGAGGAAUUGAUGAGUACAGCUAUGAUGGCACUGAGUUCCUCUCUUUUGAUGAUGAAAACUCGAGGUGGAUCGCUCCAGUUCAGGCUGCUGAGCCGACCAAAAGGAAAUGGGAUGAAGUGUCCAUCCUUAACACAUACACCAAGAGCUACCUGGAGAAAGAGUGUGUGGACUGGCUCACCAAGUUCAUGGGCUAUGUACAAGAAGAACUGAGAAAACAUUCUGAACCAAAUGUUCAUAUAUUUGCAAAGAAAUGUGUAAAAGACACUAACAAGUUGACCCUGUCCUGCCUGUCCACGGGGUUCUACCCCAAAGAUAUCCAGAUGUAUUUGAGGAAGGGCAGAACUAUUCUACCUGAUCACCUGGUAACAUCAACAGGAGUGAGACCCAAUGGUGAUGGAACAUAUCAGCAGAGGAAGAGUCUUGACAUCCUGGUGGAGGAAAAAGAUUCUUAUGAUUGUUAUGUAAACCACAUCACCCUCGACAAACCAAUAGUCAUUGAUGGUAGACAUGAAGAAAUCCCAUGCCUAGAUUGUACUAUACCAAAGAUUCAGGGUGGUAUCAUUGGGGGAGUGAUUGGAGCUGUUGUCAUGCUGGUUGUGGCUGCAGUCGUUGUCUUCGUCCUUAUAAAGAUGGGAAUAAUCAGAUGCAGCAGUGAUGGCGAUGCAAGGAUCUGACCCAAAAUAAUCCUGAUGGCGGUCACAAGGAAGUGUAAACUUUACAUAAAUCCUCUGGAUAAAGAGUUUAAUCUAGCUCAAGUCUGAUCAUAAUUGGAUUUUUUCUUGACUUGGAAGUCGUUGAUUCAGCCUUCCAUCGAACUGUCAAACCUUCAAACAUAAACAUCUACUAAUCUAUUACAAACCUGUAGAUCUUUUUCCCCUCAGCUCUGAUCAUUACCGAAGGUACUAUAUCAGUCAUUUUCUGGACUCUUUAAAAAAAAAGCACUUUCUUUCCAGCUUAAAUAACCAGAGAUGGGGGACUCGAGUCGUAUGACUUGACUCGAGUCAGACUUAAGUCGCAGAUUUGAGACUUGAGACUUGCUUGACCGAUAUUAAAAAAGAUUCGACUUGACUUUGACUUGACAUUCAUGACUUGAUACUUACUUGUGACUUGCACACAUGUGACUUACUCGCAUCUCUGUAAAAAAAAAUCACAGCCUGUAAUAAUAAGCACUUUUAAUCAAUUUAGCAAAAAUGUUUUUAUGUAAAUAAGCUAAAAGCUGAUCUCUUUUUAAAUAUCCCAAUAACACUGGAUUUAUUAGCCUCAGGAGA